GGUGUGCGUAGCUUGAAAAAUACCUACUUCAAACCGAGAUACAUCCUGUUAGUACCAAUGAACAAAGAAAACUAUGAGGGACAUCUGCGGAGGAAAGGAUUAUUCAGCAGGCCAGAGAUUGAAGAGGCAGUCUCCAGAGUGGACAUGUACAUCAAAAUAAGCCAAGUUUUUCCAGGGUACUUUGAUGCAGUAGUCAACACAGAUGAAUUGGAUGAGGCAUUCAUGGAGCUGAGUUUCCUCAUAAAGGCAUAUCUGGGUUUAGAGCCACCUGCAGUUUCUGAUAGCAUUCAGGACUUGAAGAGCAGAGCAGGAGCAGAUUCAAGAAUACGGCUCUUACAAGAGCAAAGAUUGUCACCUGGUGGAGCGAUUACUGGAACUACUCGGUCUUCAUCUGUCAAUGAGUUCUUGGACUUUUCUGCCAAUAACUAUCCAGGAGGCAUCUCGGACAAACUUGCUGCACAACUGAGCUCUGUGGAAGAAGCUUCUUUCCAAAGGCGUCAUUCUGCAGCACGUCAGGCUCUGUCAGGGAAGGCACCUGGUGCAUAUGUCCAGCUCUUUCAAAGGGACCUGGCAGUCACUCCUUCACCGAGCAGCUCCUGCCAACAAUUACUGGAACCAACAAUACAUGCUUCUCUGCUCUCAGACAGAACGAACGUCACCCAAGACCAGAGUUUCACUCCGACUAACCCAGAAAGCCGCUGCAGAGUGUCUGGUCCUGACAGUGGACUACUUCUAACCUCACCUGGUGCAUCUGCUGCUGAAGGUCUGCCAGUUCGAACCCCUGUUUCCCAUGCUCGUCUCACUGAAGAAGCCAAAGCUGAGCAUCAAGAUCCAAGAGGUGCUGAAAAUGGAGUGGACAGAUUGAAAGAGACUGAACUCCCUAGUAACAAUCUUCAGAGAAAAUACAGCAAGUCCAAGACUGGUUCUUCUUAUGUGCCUCAGCUCAUCAACUGGCCAGGCUCCCACACCAAACCUGUCCUACCUCCAAUCCCGUCUGGGCGGAAGAAGACCAACCCUUGA